AGCUAUUGCCAGUGAGAAGUCGUGUCCAGCGCUCUCAGCUGUAAAACAAAUGGAUCUUUAUCGAGUAGGUAACAGUAAAGAGUUGGAUUAUAACAUGGAUAAUCGGGAUUCUAAACACGGGAAAGUGUUGCCCUGCACUGAAGACCGCAUAGACAGCGGUCUGGAUUCUUUGAAAGAAGAGGAAUAUAAUGGUAUUGUGAACGAAAUGGAACGCUUGAAGAUGGACCCAGCAGAGGCAACAGCUGAUUACUGCAACGAGCCUUGGAAACUGGAAAUGACUGAAGACGGAGAUACGCUUCUUCAUCUUGCCAUUAUUCACGAAGCAACCGACUAUGCAAUUAGGAUGAUUGAACAUUCACGCAAUGACCCGUUCCUCAACACGCAGAACAACCAGAGACAGACCCCGCUCCAUCUGGCCGUGAUCAUGGAACAGCCGCAAAUCGUGGAUCGGCUUCUGAAGGCAGGCUGCGACCCCCGGAUGGUGGACGAGUGUGGAAACACCGCCCUCCACAUUGCAUGCAAGAAGGGCUCCCUGCACUGCUUCAGUGUGCUGACCCAGGGCUGCACCCAGCUGCUCCCCUCCAUCCUUGCCACCACCAAUUACGGCGGACACAACUGUCUACACUUGGUCUCCAUUCAUGGCUUCCUUUCAUUGGUGGAGAGGCUCAUUGAGCUUGGUGCAGAUAUCAAUGCACAGGAACAGUGCAAUGGCCGCACUCCUCUUCACUUAGCGGUGGAUCUUCAGAACCUGGACUUGGUCCAGCUCCUUAUCUCCAAGGGUGCCAAUGUCAACAGUCUGACUUAUGGUGGAUACACGCCGUACCACCUUACUUAUGGGCGCCAGAACAUGGAGAUCCAGCAGCACCUGUUUGAGCUUACAGCUCAGGAGCUGAGAGACCUGCCAGAGAGCGAGGAUGAGGAGAGCGAAGAGGAGCCACAAUCUGAGGAUGAUGAUAUGUAUGAUGACUUCCUGUGGAUGGGGCAAAAGUAGGGUUGGCGUGAUCACCAGGCAUGUUUAUAAAGAGAGAACAGGAGCUGCUCCAGACAACUGCAGCAAUGGCACAGUGGAUGGCCCACAGUGGUACUCACCCCAUGGCCAACAAGCGGUAGGAGACCCAGUCAGAAGACUGUCAUGGUGACAGGCAGGAGCAAGAAGAUAAAGGCUCUGGAAGAGGGAUGGGCAGAGAGUCGAUGAAGAACAAGUACAUACCACAGAGAUGCCUAAAAUAACACACUCUUGGCUUACUAAAGGACAUUCAUACCUUUACAGAUACAUAAGCCAAUUUCAAGUUUUAAAAUG